CUAGAUUAUCAAAAAGCUAUGCUGGAAGAGCUCAUGUCUCAAUAUGUAGACGUGGACAAUAAAGAUUUUUGGGAUGAUAGUGUAUGCAAACACUAUCUUGUUGCCUUUUGUCCUUCUCAAUUAUUUACCAACACGAAAUCUGACUUGGGUGCCUGUGACAAGAUCCAUAAUGACCGCUUAAAGGAAAAGUACCAAAAAUCAGAUAAGAGCAAGUACCCUUAUGAAAAUGACUUUUAUGACUACCUCACCAAACUUAUUGCUGAUCUCUCUCGCAAAAUCCGUCAAGGCAAUGGUCGUUUGAACAUUCAGCUUGAUGAUAGAGCUGCUGAACAACGUAAAGAAGAAAGAGAAGAAAAGAUGGUCUUGAUGGAUGUCAAAAUCAAAGAAUUGAUCCAAAAGGUGGAAGAAGCAGGUGAAGAAGGCCGUGUCCAAGAAGCCACUGACUUGCAAAACCAAGUGGACAAACUCCAAGAAGAACUGAUUCAGUUCAAACAAGUAAGUCACAUGAUUUAUUCGGAAAAGCGUAUGGAGGUAUGCGAUGUUUGUGGCGCGUUUUUGGUAACAAACGAUUCUUCCGAUAGAUUAGAAGCACAUUAUCAAGGUAAACAACAUCAAGGCUAUCUCAAAAUUAGAGAUACCAUUGAACAAAUGAGAGUAAGUAGAUACAUAACGAGUGAGAAUCAUACUAACAUAAUCACAGCAAACGCGUCAACAAAGACAACCUACUACUUACAAUAA